CAUCACGCUACAGACGAGCGGCUAUUAUAUGUAUUCGCGCGGUUUAAUCGUGCGGAUCUAUUCCUCCCCGAAGAAGAUCCACCCAUUUCGCCAUUUUGUGUUCCAGAACGUCUUUGUUGUUGGUUGUGGAAAAUCGCUCGCACACAGUUGUUAUGUAAUCUAUAGUGCUGUUAAAUUAUUAUUAUUAUUAAUUUUUUUUUUAGAUUGGAUUUUAAGAUAGCAUUUCUCCAAUUGUCGUGAUUCUUUGAAACGUGCCGCUAAACGACUGCUUUAAGUAAAUUAAUCAAAGAUUGGCAGAAGUUCGCCUGUUGGGCAACGUGUGUGUUAACCGGAGUCGACAAAAGACGGUUGUCCGUCUCAUAAUUUCUCUAAAAGUGAAAUUUUAAAGAAGACACAUUGACGUCCACCGUACAGGAUUCGAAGCCGGAGGAGAUGGCGAGCUCCGUGGGAAACGUGGCUGACAGCACAGAACCGACAAAACGUAUGCUUUCCUUCCAAGGGUUGGCUGAGCUGGCGCACCGGGAGUAUCAGUCAGGGGACUUUGAGGCAGCAGAACGCCACUGCAUGCAGCUCUGGAGGCAGGAGCCUGAUAACACAGGCGUGCUGCUGCUUCUCUCUUCCAUCCACUUCCAGUGCCGUAGACUCGACAGGUCUGCUCACUUCAGCACCCUGGCCAUCAAACAGAACCCAAUGCUGGCGGAAGCCUACUCCAACCUGGGGAAUGUGUACAAGGAGCGCGGACAACUGCAGGAGGCCAUAGAACAUUACAGACAUGCCUUGAGACUGAAACCAGAUUUUAUCGAUGGAUACAUUAACUUGGCGGCAGCUCUGGUGGCUGCAGGAGACAUGGAAGGAGCUGUGCAGGCAUAUGUGUCUGCAUUACAGUAUAACCCUGAUCUCUAUUGUGUCCGUAGUGAUUUGGGAAACUUGUUGAAGGCUCUUGGACGGCUGGAGGAGGCCAAGGCUUGUUACCUGAAAGCUAUUGAGACACAGCCCAACUUCGCAGUGGCUUGGAGUAACCUAGGCUGUGUAUUCAAUGCCCAAGGAGAGAUAUGGCUAGCCAUACAUCAUUUUGAAAAGGCAGUGACUCUGGACCCUAACUUUCUUGACGCAUAUAUCAAUUUAGGCAAUGUGUUGAAGGAAGCUCGUAUCUUUGACAGAGCUGUAGCUGGCUAUCUGAGAGCCCUGAGUCUGAGCCCCAACCAUGCAGUUGUCCACGGAAACCUUGCCUGUGUGUACUAUGAACAGGGCCUUAUUGAUCUGGCUAUUGACACUUACCGCCGUGCUAUAGAAUUGCAGCCCCACUUCCCAGAUGCUUACUGCAAUUUGGCAAAUGCCCUAAAGGAGAAGGGAAAUGUCUCUGAAGCAGAAGAGUGCUACAACACAGCCUUACGUCUGUGUCCAACCCACGCUGACUCACUUAACAACUUGGCUAACAUAAAGCGUGAGCAGGGUAACAUUGAGGAGGCCGUUCAGCUCUACAGGAAAGCCUUAGAGGUCUUUCCAGAAUUUGCAGCAGCUCAUUCCAAUCUGGCCAGUGUUCUGCAGCAGCAAGGAAAACUCCAGGAAGCCCUGAUGCACUACAAAGAGGCCAUAAGAAUCAGUCCCACAUUUGCUGACGCUUACUCAAAUAUGGGUAAUACACUGAAGGAAAUGCAAGACGUACAAGGAGCGUUGCAGUGCUACACUCGUGCCAUUCAGAUCAACCCGGCGUUUGCAGAUGCUCAUAGCAAUUUAGCCUCUAUUCACAAGGAUUCAGGUAACAUCCCAGAGGCCAUCGCUUCUUAUCGCACAGCCUUGAAACUGAAGCCGGACUUUCCUGAUGCAUACUGCAACUUGGCACAUUGUCUGCAGAUUGUAUGUGACUGGACAGACUAUGAUGAGCGGAUGAAAAAGCUCGUCAGCAUUGUGGCUGAUCAGCUGGAUAAAAAUCGCUUGCCUUCAGUGCACCCUCACCACAGCAUGCUGUAUCCGCUGUCUCACAAUUUUCGCAAGGCUAUUGCUGAAAGACACGGAAACCUUUGCCUGGACAAGGUACACAAAGAUAUUAAAAUAAAUGCACUGCACAAACCUCCAUAUGAGCAUCCAAAAGAUCUGAAGGCCAGUGGGGGACGUCUGAGAAUUGGUUACGUUAGCUCAGACUUUGGCAAUCAUCCGACUUCCCACCUGAUGCAGUCCAUUCCUGGAAUGCACAAUCCCGAGAAAUUUGAGGUGUUCUGCUAUGCUCUCAGCCCUGAUGACAGCACCAACUUCCGUGUGAAAGUCGUAGCAGAGGCUCAUCACUUCACAGACCUCUCACAGAUCCCCUGCAAUGGGAAAGCGGCUGAUCGCAUUCACCAGGAUGGAAUCCACAUUCUGGUGAACAUGAAUGGAUACACAAAAGGAGCUCGCAAUGAACUGUUUGCCCUCCGCUCUGCCCCCAUUCAGGCUAUGUGGCUUGGCUACCCAGGAACUAGUGGGGCUCCCUUCAUGGAUUACAUCAUCUCUGAUAAGGAAACCUCACCUCUGGAGGUAGCUGAGCAAUAUUCUGAGAAAUUGGCCUAUUUGCCCAAUACGUUCUUCAUUGGGGAUCAUGCCAACAUGUUCCCUCACCUAAAGAAAAAGGCAGUGAUUGACUUCAAAUCUAAUGGGCACAUCUUUGACAACCGUAUCGUUCUCAAUGGUAUCGAUCUGAAGGCCUUUUUGGACAGUCUGCCAGAUGUCAAAGUGAUUAAAAUGAAGUGCGAUAGCCAAGAAACCUCUGGGGACACUAAUGCAGCUCUGUCAAUGCCUGUGAUCCCCAUGAACACCGCAGCUGAAGCAAUCAUCAACAUGAUCAACCAGGGCCAGAUUCAGGUCACAAUCAACAAUUUCACUGUCAGCAAUGGCCUGGCCACAACGCAGAUUAAUAACAAAGCUGCUACUGGGGAAGAGGUGCUGCGUACAGUUGUUGUGACAACACGCUCCCAGUAUGGUCUCCCUGAAGAUUCGAUCGUCUACUGCAACUUCAACCAGCUCUACAAGAUUGAUCCCCCUACACUCCAGAUGUGGGCAAACAUCCUAAAACGUGUGCCCAACAGCGUGUUGUGGCUGCUUCGUUUUCCUGCUGUGGGCGAGCCCAACAUCCAGCAGUAUGCUCAGAAUAUGGGAAUCCCAAGUUCUCGCAUCAUCUUUUCACCUGUGGCUCCUAAGGAGGAGCAUGUGAGAAGGGGCCAGCUGGCUGACGUGUGCCUCGACACGCCUCUGUGCAACGGCCACACGACAGGCAUGGACGUUCUGUGGGCCGGCACACCCAUGGUCACCAUGCCAGGUGAGACCCUUGCAUCCCGCGUGGCCGCCUCACAGCUCAGCUGUCUGGGAUGUCCCGACUUGAUAGCACAGACUCGACAAGAGUACGAGGACGUGGCAGUCAAACUGGGCUCAGACAUGGAAUACCUGAAGAUGAUCAGAGCAUGUGUUUGGAAGCAGCGAAUCUGCAGCCCUCUGUUCAACACCAAGCAGUACACAGCAGACCUGGAGAAGCUCUACCUGCACAUGUGGGAGCACCACAGCUCUGGCAACAAGCCAGAACACCUGGUCAAACACCAGCCAGUAGAAACCAGUGAGAAUGCAUGACCCCUGAAGCACACAGAUUUCUUUCCCCCUCCUUAUACCCCAGCAGUUUCCAGUCCUCAACAUUCUUCUUAAACCACAAGAAGCACGCUAGCUUGAAUGAUCAGAUUCUACUGCACUCUAUUCCGUGAAUGCAUCAGCGUCAUUUACUUUUAGCAGGACUCUUCUUUGUAAAGGAGCCUAAAGGUGUAUUUGUUUGUGGUCACAUUUGUUGUUGGAUCACACAUGCAUUUCCUGUGCCAGAUAGAAUCCUGAGUUUUUUUUCAGGCUCCUCACCUGAGAGUCCUGUCUGAAUCCACAGGUGUUUUUGAUGAGCAUAAGAGGAUAAUAUAACCUGGAAUCGCUGGAUGCCUUUUCUUCAGUUCUGUGUGCAUACGCGAAUAAUGAAUGGGCUGUGGAGAGAACGCUCAGCACUCAUAACAUGUUGAUCCAUUUAUAAAUGGGUUAAGAGUGUUUUAAAAGUAUAGUGUUGCACCAUAAAAAAUAGUAAAUUUCUUGUUUCAUCAGCUUUAACAUGUAAUUGCCAUUCAUAGUUUGCAACUGUUCUUCAGUUUGUCCUAAAAUAAUAUUAUAUGACCACAGUGCAUAUAUGUGCACGUUUUGGGGCGUUUGGUCUUAAUGACUUCUUCACCAAAUGGCAGCGUUUGUUCUGUUUUCAGUCAUGAAGCUUAUUUAGUACCUUUUGUCCUGUUUGACAUUAAACACAGCUUUUAAUUGCAAAAUUAUUGGAGAAGGGCCUAAGAGUUCAAUUUAGUUGUCAAAGCUGUUAAUAAAUUUUUAUUUCUUAAUCACGCAACAGGAUUGGUUUGGGUAAGUAUUUUCUCAACAUUUUUGUUUUUGUAUUGUUUAAAUGUAUGCUGCUGGUUCUACAAGACUCUAAAUGUAAUAAAAAGCAGAGAUGGC